GGAAGGGCCCGCCCCCGAGCGCAGGUUCCAGGGCCGAAGUAGGUUGCGAGUGGCAGGCGUUGACUGCGGCUCCACUUGAGGAAGAUGGCGCCACCAGUGACGGAGCGGGGGCUGAAGAGCGUCGUGUGGCGAAAGAUAAAAACAGCAGUGUUGGAUGACUGCCGGAAAGAAGGCGAAUGGAAGAUAAUGCUCUUAGACGAGUUUACCACCAAGCUUCUGUCGUCGUGUUGCAAAAUGACAGACCUUCUAGAAGAAGGGGUAACUGUUGUAGAGAAUAUUUAUAAGAAUCGUGAACCUGUCAGACAAAUGAAAGCUCUUUAUUUUAUCUCUCCGACAUCAAAGUCUGUAGAUUGUUUCUUGCGAGAUUUUGGAAGUAAGUCUGAGAACAAAUAUAAAGCCGCGUAUCUGUACUUCACUGACUUUUGCCCUGACAGCCUCUUUAACAAGAUUAAGGCAUCUUGCUCCAAGUCAAUAAGAAGAUGUAAAGAAAUAAACAUUUCCUUUAUUCCACAUGAGUCUCAGGUUUAUACUCUUGACGUACCAGACGCGUUCUAUUACUGUUAUAGUCCAGACCCUAGUAACGCCAGCAGGAAGGAAGCGGUCAUGGAGGCGAUGGCUGAGCAGAUAGUGACAGUGUGUGCCACUCUGGAUGAGAACCCUGGAGUGAGGUAUAAGAGUAAACCUCUAGAUAAUGCCAGUAAGCUUGCACAAAUGGUUGAAAAAAAACUUGAAGAGUACUACAAGAUGGACGAGAAAGGCCUGAUAAAGGGUAAAACUCAUUCCCAGCUCUUAAUAAUUGACCGUGGCUUUGAUCCUGUGUCCACUGUCCUGCAUGAACUGACCUUUCAGGCAAUGGCAUAUGAUCUACUACCAAUUGAGAAUGAUACAUACAAGUACAGAACCGACGGGAAGGACAAGGAGGCAGUUCUCGAAGAAGACGAUGACCUGUGGGUCCGGGUCCGGCACCGGCACAUCGCUCUUGUGUUGGAGGAAAUUCCAAAACUUAUGAAGGAAAUUUCAUCAACAAAGAAAGCUACAGAGGGGAAGACAUCACUUAGUGCUCUUACCCAGCUGAUGAAAAAGAUGCCCCACUUCCGAAAACAGAUGACGAAGCAAGUUGUCCAUCUUAACUUGGCUGAAGAUUGCAUGAAUAAGUUUAAGCUGAAUAUCGAGAAGCUCUGCAAAACUGAGCAGGACCUGGCACUGGGAACAGAUGCAGAGGGGCAGCGGGUGAAGGACUCCAUGCUGGUGCUCCUCCCAGUGCUGCUCAACAAAAACCACGACAACUGCGACAAGAUCCGCGCAGUCCUGCUCUACAUCUUCGGUAUCAACGGAACGACUGAAGAAAAUUUGGACAGACUGAUCCACAAUGUGAAGAUAGAAGACGACAGUGACAUGAUUCGGAACUGGAGUCACCUUGGCGUUCCCAUCGUUCCCCCGUCCCAGCAAGCCAAGCCAGUAAGAAAAGACCGGUCUGCAGAAGAGACCUUCCAGCUCUCCCGGUGGACACCCUUCAUCAAGGACAUCAUGGAGGAUGCCAUUGAUAAUAGAUUGGAUUCCAAAGAAUGGCCAUAUUGUUCCCGGUGCCCAGCAGUGUGGAAUGGCUCUGGAGCCGUGAGUGCUCGCCAGAAACCCAGAACCAACUAUUUAGAGCUGGACCGGAAAAAUGGGUCCAGACUGAUUAUUUUUGUGAUUGGAGGAAUUACAUACUCUGAGAUGCGCUGUGCUUAUGAAGUUUCUCAGGCACAUAAAUCCUGUGAGGUUAUUAUUGGUUCUACACAUAUUUUAACACCCAGAAAACUGCUGGAUGAUAUAAAAAUGCUGAAUAAAUCAAAGGACAAAGUUUCUUUUCUUAAGGAAGAGUAGCUUUUUUAUUACUGUUUAAGGGUUUUGUUAAUAUGUUCAACUAAAACAGAAGAUGUUGCUGUUAUAAUUUAAACAAUGUAAAUAUUUUAUGGAAUAAUGUGCUUUUCAAGUGUAUUCUUAAGGGACUUUAUGUAUUAUUGAAUUUACCAUUUCUCAUAAUUUAAAUACUCUUGCUGCUUUGUACAAGAUACAACAUUUAAGUGCUUUCUAACCGGGAAGUUUUCACCUCUGGAGCAGAAUCUGUUAGAGAUAUGGGUGGCUUUUACAGCCACCCAUAUACAUACUAAUCACUUACUGGAUACUUACGCUGAAAUACAGUAUUUUGGGGCAAGAUAAUUUUGAAUGAAGAGAUUAUAAAACUAAAAACUGUAAAUAUAUGUAUGAUAGAAUUAUUUCCUCUAAGUGCAGUUUCUUAAAACUGAAAUAAUUUUUAAUGUAUAAAAUAAUUCCAAUUAUUAAUAUGAUUUUACUGUGUAUAUUACCUGCAAGAUACUCCUAAAGAACACAGUUUUAUAGGUUUGAGAUCAUGAUGCUCAAGUUAGAAACCAAAAAUAAUCAUGAACAUUCUAAGAAAAUAAAU